CACGGCCGCUUUCUUCUUAGUCUUCUUCUAUUUUCUUUCAUUUUUGUCUUUUUUGUUACUUGAAGAAUGAUAAAGAUUGUGUAAUUUUGAUACGAUGGGCAAGUUUGAUUUUUAGGAGCAGAAAUUUGGGUCUCGGGCUUUGCCUCCGGCGAGCACUCUCUGGAGACGAGCUCAGUGCCGUCGAAUUCAAGCACGAACUUGGAGAAGGUGAAGAGCGAGCCAGCACGACUCAAACCCCAUCCCAGCUCUUGGUUUCUAAUCCGACGGUGGAUAUCAAGAACCAAAUGUCGGAGAAGAGGAAGGAGCGGGAGAAGAAGGUCCUGUACCUAACGGUGAUUUCGAGAGUCCCUAGCAAACGGGUUCCCGAGCGUGGCCGUGGGAGAAAGAGCCACCACAAUCCCGAGCUGGAAAUCGAAGGGCACGGUGGAGCUUGUAGAAGCAGGGGAAAAAAGGGCCGGAUGAUACUCAUCAUAUCGGAAGGUAGACACUUGGGGCGGCUCGGUAACAACGCCGAGAUCAGCCAGGGGCUGAGCGUGGAGAAAGGGUCCAUUUACUCGGUCACCUUCAGCGCCGCCCGCACCUGCGCGCAGUUGGAGUCGCUGAACGUGUCGGUGCCGCCAGCGUUGCAGACGAUAGACUUGCAAAUGCUGUACAACGUGCAGGGGUGUGACCCAUACGCCUACGCGUUCGAGGCGGGUGAGGAAGAGGUGAGUUUGGUUUUUAGGAAUCCGGGCAUGGAGGAUGACCCCACUUGUGGGCCCAUCAUUGACGAUAUUGCCAUCAAAAAGCUCUUCACUCCCGAUAGACCCAAAGCUAUUCAACACAUAUCGGAGCUUUACAAGUGACCAUGAGAGAGAGGACAUCUCUAGCAGUCUACAGCAGACAGAGGAGUGGCUUUAUGAGGAUGGGGAUGAUGAAACAAAAAGUGCUUAUACUGCAAAACUAGAUGAUCUUAAGAAGGUUAUUUUCACUUUUCUAAAUUCAUUAGUUUUUCUUCAUAUUUUCUCCCCCUUGCUUGACUCGCUCUUUGUUUUUAAUAGUUGGUGGAUCCAAUAGAGAAUCGUUAUAAAGAUGAAGCAGCAAAGCACAAGCAAGAAGAGAUCUGCUCAACUCCAUUGUGGAUUAUAGGAAGUCUGUUGAUUCAAUCCCACCCAAGGAUCAAGAGGCGAUCAUUAAUGAGUGCAAUAAAGCAGAGAAGUAUUUCACCAUAGAAUGGCAGUGCCAUUAACUUCAUUUAUUAUUUUUUAAUCAUACCUUUAUUUAUUAUUUAUUUUAUCAAACUUUUAAUUAUUUCCUUACAAAAAGUCCUUUCAUUCAUCCUUCUCAAUAGCUAAUCGUGGGACACCCGGAGAGUGUGGAGACUUUUAGUAGGAGAGUAGUUAGAUUUGGCGAGAUAAAAUAAAUUAUGCACAUGAUUUCGGGUGAGAGUCGAGACAAAAGAGAUGGUGACAUUGGAGAGUGUGGAGACUUUUAGUGGGAGAGUAGUUAGAUUUGGUGAGAAAAUG